AUGAGAGCCGCUACACGCGGACCUGUCGCCAAGGUCGAUCCGGUGCCGGUGGCCCUCGCGAAGUCGCUAAACGCUUGGGACCCCAUUGCGCUACAAAUGCUCGUCGCUAGCAACCGCAAGCUCACGUUCAAGGAAUUCCAAUACGACAACGAGAACUCCAAGUGCACGUCGCUCAAGCUCGCCGAGGCAGGCUUCUACCACGCCGGCGCGACGGACGCAACAUGCCCGUUCUGCCUGAAGACGAUGUCAUUCGACCCAGAAGACGACCCGUGGGCCGAGCACAAGGCCCAUUGCCCCCGCUGCCCGUUUGUCGUCGUCAACGAGCGCGACGAGGGCAAGUGGACCGUCCGACAAUGCGUGCUCUUGAUAGCCGCCAUCAAAGCAAACUCAAUGCGCGACGCCCUCGGCCAAUUCAACGCCCAGCUGAACAUGAUGGAAGACGAGCUCGACGCCAUCAAGCCACCAACCUAU